AUGAAAUAUCUUUUUCAAAAGACCAAGAGAUCAUCAGCGGUACGAGCUCCUCUUCCCCCGGGGCCAUCUCCAAUGUGGCCAAUUCUCGGGUGUGUCCCGCACAUGUUGAGAAAUCGACCGGCAUACCGGUGGAUUCAUCGUCUCAUGAAAGAGCUCAACACUGAUAUUGCUUGUUUCCGUCUUGUUGGAAAUUCCCACGUGAUUGGGGUGACUUCACCGGAAAUUGCCAGGGAAUUUUUAAAGAAACAUGACGCGGUGUUUGCAUUGAGACCCGAUACAAUGGCGACUUGCAUUGUCAGUAAAGGAUACCUCACAACGGCCUUGUGUCCAGGGGGAGAGCAGUGGAAGAAAAUGAGAAGAAUCUUGGCCUCUCAGGUCCUGAGCCUGUCCACAAUGCGCUGGCUACUUGACAUGAGAAACCAAGAAUCUGAUAAUCUUGUUCGCUACCUUUAUAAUCAAUGCUCUAAGAAUUUGAAAGGUGACGUUGUCAAUGUUAGGACUGCUGCGCAGCAUUAUCCAGCCAAUGCCAUGAGAAGAAUGAUGUUUGGCAGAAGGUACUUUGGCAAAGGAAGAGAGGAUGGAGGACCUGGCUUUGAAGAAGAAGAGCAUGUUUCCUCAUUCUUUACGAUGCUUCUACAUAUUUAUGCCUUCUCUGUAUCAGACUACUUUCCAUGGUUGCAAAGUCUAGAUUUAGACGGCCAUCGGAAGAAGGUAUGCGACGCCGUGAAAGUCGUCGAUAAGUAUCACGACCCAAUAAUAACCGAUAGAAUUCAAGAAUGGAGAGAAGGGAAGAAGACACAGCCUGAAGACCUCCUUGAUGUUCUCAUUUCGCUCAAAGAUUCCAAUGGCAACCCUCUUUUGUCUAAAGAUGAGAUUCGAGCAAAAAUCACG